UCAAUUUAAAAUUGAUAAAUAAGAAUAACAAUAAUAUUUUUUUCGGUUAUAAACAUUGAUUGAUGGAACGAUAUUUCCUGUAACCCCAUGUCUCCUACACUUAAAAAUGAUGUCUGCAAUGAAUUUGGCAGACCCAGAACUAGAAUUGAUAGACCCUACGCCGAACAUUCAUGCCUUGUUCAUUCAAUUCGAUAAAGUAUUCUUUUACACAAAAUUAGCGAGCCGAGCUGUGGUACGAUGGAGCAAACGGAUGUACUCCUGUGCGGGAAUUUGUACAUAUGAUAGAGGAGGUCUUUGUGACAUAGCAUUAAGUGAGCCUCUGUUAAAACUUAGGCCGAGGAAAGAUCUGGUUGAGACACUUCUGCAUGAGAUGAUACACGCAUUCCUCUUUAUCACAUGCAAGGACCAGGACCGUGAUGGCCAUGGGCCUAAUUUCAAAAGCCACAUGUAUAGAAUCAAUAAAGCGGCGGGUCUCAACAUCAGCAUUUAUCAUGAUUUUCACGAUGAGGUCAAAUUGUAUCAGACUCAUUGGUGGAGGUGUAAUGGACCAUGUCAGAAUUUAAGACCCCAUUUUGGAAUUGUUAGGCGACCAAUGAACAGAGCACCUGGCCCAAAUGACUACUGGUGGAAUGAUCAUAGAAGAAAAUGUGGGGGUGCAUUUGUCAAAAUUAAAGAACCUGAGAAACCAGGAAAGAAAAAAGUAGAUAAACAAACGUCAAACAUUGACAUUACCAAAUAUUUAAACAAUAACAACAAUAAUAUAACUAUAGACAAAAAUAAAGGGAAUAGCGAUAAUGCUCCCAAACCCGUUCUUAAAGAUUCCAAUGUUAUAAAACCAAAAUCUAAUAAUAAUAUAGUAUUUAAUCCGCAAGUAAAGAAACCCGUACCAUUUAGCAGCAACAGCCACACAGUUAAUGAACAAACAAAAUCAAAUGAUUCCUCCAAUGUAAUAGAAACUGUUCGAAAUGUGUGGGCAAAUAAAACUCUUAAUAUGUCAAUAACAGCAAGCUCUGUUCCAAAACAACCACAAAAAAGAAUCAGUACAUCUCCAAAUAUAGAAGGGAAUAUAUAUACACCACCUAGCAAAAUUAAGAAAAUUGACGACUAUUUUAAAAGUACCGCUACAAAUAUGUUGAAAGAUUUAUACGGUCAGGACUUUAGUCUUACACAAUCAAAGACAGAUGAAAAACUGAUUGCAAUUCCUGUUCAAACAAUACCUGUAAACAAUUUUGCUGGUAGCUCAAAAACAACACCACGUAUAGAUGAUAAUUUAGUCGAUUGCCCAAUAUGUAACACUAAAGUGAACAGUGAUGAAAUCAACAAACACUUGGAUGAAUGCCUAAGUAAAGAUGUUAUAGAGGAAUUAACUCAAGAGAAUGUUCGGAAUGGAAACCAAACUGUGAUGUCAAGUAAUAAUCCUGAUUUUGAGAAGAAUGUAGAAGAUAGUUUAGCAAAUACCAAAACUAUUAAAGAAGAAAGCAUAGAUUUAACAAAUAUAUGGAUUAAACCAGUGGACAAAGAAUAUCCAAUGUCCAAAAUCGAUAUAAAAAAAGAACCCAAUAAUAAACCUCCAAGUUUCGCUAAAGCGAAAACACAAGAACAAGAAGUUAUAAAAACAGAGACACCCAAAACAGAAGUAAAAGUAGAGCCUGGUUGUAGUAAAAUGGAAGAUGAACAUACAUGUCCAUGCUGCGGGAAUGUAGUAAAGAAAACAGUGGAAGAACAUCUAGAUGAAUGCCUAGCGUUUUUCGAUAAUAAUACUACAAUACCAGAAGAAGGUGCAUCCACGAGUUUUGCUGAUGAGACCAUAGUAAUUGAUGAUGAUAUACAUGAUGAGACGUUACUACUGAAUGAAACAGGGACCAAAUCUCCAUGUCCCUGCUGUAUGAAGAUGAUUGAAAUGGCCGACAUGAAUAUCCACCUGGAUGUGUGUUUGUUGAGUGAUUAAUCAUAUUUGUUGAGAAAUGUGUAAAUAUAAUUUAG